AUGGCGCCAUUCAUAUCCACCAUUCCCAUAUGCCGGGUCAAUGCUAGUUGGCAUAAUCAACAACUAGAGUGCCUACCGACAGGUUCCGAGCCGCGAAGUUUCCGGCUAUUCCCAACUGUUAUGAAAGACCACAGUCCAUUCCAAAUCAACGUGAUCGAGCAGAAAGAACAAAAAGUGCAUUUAAGUGUUCCCCCUGUCUGUGAAACCACAGACCCUCUCGCGUUGCAUUUCAAGGACAAUGGCGACUCAGAGGCUCAGAAUGAGAUAAGCAAUAAAAGAUCAAUAUUACCUCAAGCUAAAAUGAAAUAUCUGGAGGGUGAACUGGAGUUUUCAAUGCGAUCCACUCCCAAGAAUUCGACAUCAGGAGCCUCCUUGAUCUUCAACCGUAUCGAAAGCGACAACAUUGAAACCAACGAUGACGACACUGGAGAUGAUAUCGACAUUAACACAGGUGUCGACCAAUUUAAGACUCACGUGGACCACGAGGGCCAGGGGCAACGUCGAUCUGGGGGGCAGAGCCUUGCAAAAGCAACAAUCGACCGUCUGAAAGCGAAGAGGAGGAUGAAGCGCUUUCGGCAGACACGAUUUCUCAUGAGCGAGUUUACUCGCCAAGCGCAUCCGGAUGCUGCCCAUAGGGAGCGCUUAUCAAAGGAGAUCCCGGGUUUGAGCCCGCGUCAGGUGCAGGUUUGGUUCCAGAAUCGCGACGAUCGAGAAAAGGCGUUGAUACCUAGAACAUUACCUGAUGGUUUUGAUAUCACGGAAGACAUUUAUUCCCUUUACGGGAGUUGGCACCAGUCUUCUAACAACGCUCUCACUCACGCUGGAAUUUACUCCAACCCCAUUCAGAAAGGAAAUAGUUUUACGCCUUUAAUAUCGGUUAUCACGAGAAAACCAUGCGACGAAGACUAUACGACAUCUCCGUUAAGCGCUUCUUCUGCCUGUGAUGGUUACUUCCCGUCGCCAACGUCAGCUCUAGCUACUGGGUCAGAACAUGAAACUCCGCCAAUAACAAUAGGAGAUGAUAGCUCGUCCCGUUUCGCAUUAUUUUGCAACCCGCAGGCAUCAGCUCUCCGAUAUAUGAGUCCAAGCACAAGAACCAGCAACUUUUCUCAUUUUUCUUCACAAUCAUAUUGCCAUCAUGUCCCUGAUUUAUUCCAACCUAUCACAACAAAUCCAAGGACAGUAUCAUUAGAAUCCUCGUACGAACAAAAUUUGUCGUAUAACCAAACCAUAUCGGGUUAUGGAACACCAGAUGCCACUUCCCCGGUAGUAGAUAUGCCAUAUCGUAGUACUCACUCCUUUGACACCAUUCCCCCGCAGCCGUGCCUGAUAGGCAAUUUGAGCCCAACACACCAUCAUCCCUUUGGCUUCAAACAGCUCCAACCAACCUCCGUCCCGAUUGCAUUUGAAUAUGGCAUGCUGCAAAUGAGGUGA